AUGGAGUCUUACAAGGAGUUCACUUGUGAGUUUUUGGCGUCGAUGAAGCAUCACGAGUUUGAUGAGCUCGAUCGAGCUGAGUUGGACCAAGGCUGGGGGAUAACUUUCUUAGCAAAGGGAGAGAAGAAGAUGGUGACCUUUAGGCAGCUUGAGAUACUGUUUGGGUUCACUAUGGAGAAGAUAUGUCCACAAGGCUCUUGCCAACACCUUCUUUGCAAGGAAAGCCACUGGACAAUCAAUGAGGGAGAAGUGAAGCUCCUUGACAUGGGAAUCAAGCCUAUCAUCUCACGCACAAGGAUGGGAAGAAGAUCAGAGGAGAUAGGGCACACGCAGGGAAUCUCAUGCCUCUCCUUGAGCAGCUCCAAGCCUACAAGUCACACUUACAACACUAGGCACCAAAGAGGAAGAAAGCUUAGUGUUGGAGGGGUGAUCACACCAAUUCUUUGUGCAGCAGGAGUCAAGUGGACAAGAGAAGUUGGGCAUGAAGGGAUUUGCAAGAAGAAGAGAUCGAGCUCGAUCGAGCUGAGGAUCGAGCUGAGACUCAAGCUGAAGAUGGAGUGCAGGAACGCUGACUUGGGUGAGCCUGAGUGCUACUACUUUGAGGAGUAUGAGGCUCCAAGGAUGAACCCCUCUGUUGUGGCUGCCCACAAGAGGAUUGGACUUCUCCAAAAGUUCAACAAGUGGCAAGGGAAAGCCAUGGAAAGAUGCAAAAGUCCAUGGACAAGAUGGUGA